CUGGGGCUGGGACUUGGGAUUCAGCUGCUUGACGACAAUAAUUUUGCAAAAUAAAUGUCUUUGUGAUGUUUUGACGUCGUUUUUGCACAUAAAGGACCUUUAACAUACAACAUAAUUCAAGCCAAAGAUGGGGAAUUGUCAUACGGUUGGACCCAACGAAGUUUUGGUAAUAUCAGGUGGAUGCUGCCAAGGAGCAAAUCCCAAACCAAAACUCAUUGUUGGAGGAUUUGGCUGGGCGUGGGCGUUUGUUAGUGAUGUCCAAAGACUCACCCUGGAGGUGAUGACCCUCAAUCCAAAAUGUGACUCGGUUGAAACUGCCGAGGGUGUUGCUGUUACGGUCACGGGCGUGGCUCAGGUGAAGGUGAUGCAAGGUGAUCUAUUGGCAACAGCGUGUGAACAGUUUCUUGGAAAAACCAUAGAUGAAAUAGAGAAUGUCAUUUUGCAAACGUUGGAGGGACAUCUCCGAGCAAUUCUUGGUACAUUAACUGUUGAAGAAAUCUAUAAAGAUCGUGACAGUUUUGCCAAACUGGUACGCGAGGUAGCCUUACCUGACGUGGGCAAAAUGGGUAUCGAAAUUCUUAGUUUUACCAUCAAAGACAUUGAAGACAAAGUGCAGUACUUGGAUUCUCUCGGUAAAACUCAAACUGCAAAAGUAAAACGUGAUGCAGACAUCGGCGUGGCCGAGGCAAAUAGAGAUGCAGGAAUUAGGGAGGCAGAAUGUACCAAGGAAAUGAUGGAUGUAAAGUUCUCAACCCAAACGAAAGUUGCCGAUGCUUCGAGAGAAUAUCAAAUGAAUAAAGCAGCGUUCGACCAGGAGGUGAAUACUAAAAAAGCCGAAGCUGAGUUGGCGUACGAACUGCAGGCUAACAAAGAGAAGCAAAAGAUUCGCGAGGAAGAGAUCCAAAUUCAAGUGGUCGAACGUCGAAAGCAGAUUUCUGUUGAAGAAAAGGAAAUUGAGAGGAAAGAGAAGGAACUUACAGCAACUGUAAAGAGACCAGCAGAAGCUGAAAGUUACAAAGUACAGACUUUGGCACAAGGGCAGAGAACAAAAACUGUAGCUGCUGCUCAGGCUGAUGCAGAAAAAAUAAAGAUGGUUGGUGCGGCGGAAGCUGCGUCCAUUGAGGCAAUUGGUAAGGCUGAGGCUGAGAGGAUGAGGCAAAAAGCUGCUGCAUACAAGCAAUAUGGUGAUGCUGCUAUGAUGUCUCUGAUCUUAGAGUCAUUGCCCAAGAUCGCUGCUGAAGUGGCUGCACCUCUUGCUAAGACAGAACAAAUCGUCAUGAUAAAUGAUGGUGGUAGCAACAGUGUAUCAAGUGAAGUUACGAAACUGGUCGGCCAGUUACCACCAGCUGUUCAAGCUUUGACCGGUGUUGAUCUCUCUAAGGUUCUUGGAAAGGUCCCUGGUGCACAAGCUGUGUAAUAUAGUGAAGAAUCCUAACCAGAACAUUAGUAAUUGAUAAAAAUGAUUUUAGAACAUGUACUGUAAUUAUGAAAAUGAUAACGGAAUGUAAUCAAGAGGCUGAGGGCAAUAAGGUAUUGUUUGGUGCAGAAGCAAGGUGGUGAUAUGUCACAGCAAAAACUCACCUUACCUUGGGAGGUGUUGAAGGGCUUUCUUGUUGUAGCUCGCAUUUAGUAAGAAAGAAAUAACAGUCACAAUAAUAUGCUAAAUUAAACAUACAAUUUCUAAGAACACCGAUUUAACUUUAACCUCAUGCACUUACUUUACUUUAAAGAUAAUGUUAAGAAAACAUCAUUGCAUGUGAAGGUCUCCCUCAGUGUGUGCAGGUUCUACAAUGUUGUUCAAUGGUUUGUGCUGAAACACAAGCCAUGACAUGUUUUAAUGGCUUGCAAUCAACACUGAGCUAUUGUGUGAAGAAUUUUAUCAUGUUUAGGAAUUUGCCACAUCUGAUUUCAAAAUGGAGACUAUAGUUUACAAUGCUUAAUAUUUCAUCUAUUUAUUCAUAGUGAAAACAGCUUAUAGUGCCACCUGAUAGUUUGUAACUAGUGUUAUUCUAGUAGGUUAAAUAAUACCACAAUGAUGUUGUAUAAAUUUAUAUAAAACUAUUGAAGCAAUACAAUUCUU